GUGUGUGACGCAGUCCGCUGCACACAUCACUUCCUUGUUCUCCGUCGUCAGGUAACUCGGAAGCGACUCGCAACUCUCAGAUCUGUCGUGAUUCAAAACAUGUUUUAACCGGAGCCCAGACAUGUCACGGAAGUCUCCGGAAAACUCUCCUGACAUGGCGAGCUGCUCGGACUCUCAGGUGGACCUGGACACCAUCCCUCUCAUCGCUCUCAACAUGAGCCUGAGGAAAAAGUUGGGACUGUAUCUGAACCCCAGGAACAUGGUGGCCGCGGACUGGAUGGCCGUGGCGGAGACCAUGGGCUUCACCUACCUGGAGAUAAAGAACUACGAGGCGUCCAAAAGCCCCACGGAGACGGUGCUGGAGGACUGGCGGGCCCGCAACACGGACGCGACUGUCGGAAAGCUGCUGUCCAUCCUGGAGGAGGUGGAGAGGAAAGACAUAGUGGAGGACCUGCGACCUCUGAUAGAUGAGAACGUCAAGAAGUAUUGUGAGAGUCUGAAGAAGAAGGCAGAGCCCCCGGUCCAGGUUGCAGAGGUUGACAGCUGUCUCCCCCUCACCCCGGAGAGGGUCGGCAUCACCCUGGAGGACGACCCCGAAGCCCCGGAGCUGUUCGAUGCCUUCAUCUGCUACUGCCAGAGUGACUUCGAGUUCGUCCACGAGAUGAUCCGGGAGCUGGAGCAGACGGAGUACAAGCUGAAACUGUGUGUGUUCGACAGAGACGUGCUGCCGGGCUCAUGUGUGUGGACCAUCACAAGUGAACUCAUUGAGAGGAGGUGUAAGAGGAUGGUGGUGGUGAUCUCUGAUGAAUACCUUGACAGCGACGCCUGUGACUUUCAGACCAAGUUUGCUCUCAGCCUUUGUCCCGGAGCACGAAGUAAACGUCUCAUUCCAGUGAAGUACAAGUCGAUGAAAAAGCCAUUUCCCAGCAUCCUGCGCUUCCUCACCCUCUGUGACUACACCCGGCCCUGCACCAAGAGCUGGUUCUGGGUACGGCUGGCCAGAGCGCUCUCGCAGCCAUGAUCUCGGACCGGUCUGUUAAUGGUGUUUUUAAAGGUGCCUUUUUAUUCCAUCAAAGGGAAUAUUGAACAGUUGGCCAAUGUUACAGUUCAAGUGUGCACUAUUGCUUGUUAUCUACGACACGGUUACCAUUAACUGUGUGAAUACAGCUCGUAUUACUAUGCGACAGUUGGCGUUUCCAGUGACGAUCACAUCAUGAUUUCUGAGCAGUAUCAUUAUGAAACUCAUGCUGCACAAUUAUAGCAAAUAUCAGCCAAGUUCUCACUGCACAAAUCCAUUACUAUGUUAUUAAAAGGUCAAGAGUGACAUAGUAUGUGCCUGUGUUUUUUUAAAUAUUUGCGGUAUAUUGGAGAAAGAGGAUCUGUUUGCAUUUCAGGCAGCAUGCACUGAAUGUCAGUAAAAGCUGUUUUUUUGUGUGCUGGCCACUUCCUCUUAUGAGUUAGCCUCUAAAGUCAGAAGCUAAAAGAGGAAGAGACAUUGUGAUUGUGAUACUUCCAGUUCAGUAUGUUUUAAUUUUGCUGACUGCUGACACCUGCUUUUCUCUCACACUUUCUCAAUGUGUCACCAUGAUGUCUAACACUUGAUUUUGUAUUUUUGAUAUGGUCUUUUUGAAACAGUUUUAUAAAACGUGGAUUUACUCCAUCAUGAAUGAAUGCUCUGAAUAUUAAUUCCUAAAAAUAAAUAUAAUACUUUUU